GCCCAAUGGCGCUGCUCUAUGCACAGAAUCUGCUAAUGAUUUCCCCACAUCCUGCCCUCUCACCCUCCCUCCUACAAAUAGUGUGCUCCAGCAGAAAGGCUGCUGCUUUCUAGACCAGAGGCAGUGGCUGGAGGGACAGAGCAGAGUCCAGAAUGGGGAGCUCAGCUGGGGCUGCAGUUGUCCUCUUUCUUGUCCUCUGGCAACCAGCAGAUGCCUUCUGGCUUUUCAACGUGCUCUUCCCACCCAGUACCACCCCAGAAGCAGCUCUCUCCAACAACACUCCCCCUGUGGUGCUUGUGCCUGGUUGCCUGGGAAACCAACUAGAGGCCAAGCUGGACAAGCCGGAUGUGGUGAACUGGAUGUGCUACCGCCAGACAGAUGACUUCUUCACCAUCUGGCUGAACCUCAACAUGUUCCUGCCUCUUGGGGUUGACUGUUGGAUUGACAAUACCAAAGUGAUCUACAACAGGACAACUCGGAGGGUGUCCAAUGCCCCUGGAGUCCAAAUCAGAGUCCCUGGGUUUGGCAAAACCCACACAGUGGAAUACCUGGACAGGAGCAAACUGGCUGGGUACAUGCACACACUGGUGCAACACCUGGUCAACAAUGGCUAUGUGCGAGACCAAACCGUGCGCGCCGCCCCCUAUGACUGGAGGAUUGGGCCCGAUCAGCAAGAGGAAUACUUCUGUGAUCUGCGCAGCCUUGUGGAGGAAAUGCGUAAGACCUACCAGAAGCCUGUCUUCCUCAUUGGACACAGCCUGGGAAACCUCAACAUCCUCUAUUUCCUCCUCCAGCAGUCCCAGGCCUGGAAAAGCCAGAACAUCCGGGGCUUCAUCUCUCUGGGGGCUCCUUGGGGGGGAGCAGUGAAGCCCAUAAGAGUCCUGGCCUCAGGUGAUGAGCAGGGCAUCCCCAUUAUGUCCAGCAUCAAAUUGCGUGAGGAGAAGCGCAUGACCACAGCCAGCCCCUGGAUGUUCCCAGACACAAUAGCUUGGCCCGAGACCCAUGCCUUCAUCUCUACCCCCUCCUACAACUACACCUACCGGGACUACCAACGCCUCUUCACUGACAUUAACUUUGAGGAUGGCUGGUACAUGUGGAACGACACCAAGGACCUGCUGAAGGGGCUGCCUGCCCCAGGGGUCGAGGUGUAUUGCAUCUAUGGCACGGGUUUCCCCACUGUGGAAACCUACAUUUACAACGACCGCUUCCCCUACGAAGACCCCAUUGACUUUAUGUAUGGGGAUGGGGAUAGCAGCGUUAGCCGCCGCAGCCUAGAGCUCUGCAAGCGAUGGCAUGGCCAGCAGGAACAGAAGGUGCACGUGGUGGAGAUGCCAGGCGUGGAGCAUCUCAACAUGAUCUUUGACAACCGCACCCUCAACUACAUCAAUGAAAUCCUGCUGGGAAACUUUGGGGAAGCCACAGCUGCAGAAGAUGAAGCAGGGAAAGGAGGAAGAGGCUUCUCAGAGACCCAACACAAUGACCAACAGGAGAAAUGAAGGCCCUGCGCUGAGGAGAUUGGGGCCACCUUAUUCCUCCUGCAUAGACAGGAAGCAGGAUGACUCAUGCGUGCCCCCACACACCCCAAAGUCUACAGUGUUAUGUGCAACA